AUCUCCCUUGCCUUGUCUAUUCCUCUUGCCUGAGCCCGGCUUUUCUCCCCUCCCCCCUCGGCGCCGGCGGACUUUUUCCUUUUCCGACCGAAUCUUCUCGUCGUCGUGGCUAUUUUCCCUGCUGCAGCUGUCCCUGCCGCCGCUGGGCUCGCUUCCCCGACCCCUGCCCGCCGUCCCGUCCCCAACCCCGCCCAAGAUGUCCGAGGAUCUAGCAAAACAGUUGGCUAGCUACAAAGCCCAACUCCAGCAAGUAGAAGCUGCUCUGUCUGGAAACGGAGAAAAUGAAGAUCUGUUGAAAUUGAAGAAGGACUUGCAAGAAGUUAUAGAAUUGACCAAAGACCUUCUGUCAACUCAGCCUUCGGAAACUCUUGCAAGUUCAGACAGUUUUGCUUCUACUCAGCCUACUCAUUCAUGGAAAGUAGGGGACAAAUGUAUGGCAAUCUGGAGUGAAGAUGGACAGUGUUACGAAGCGGAGAUCGAGGAGAUAGAUGAAGAAAAUGGCACCGCUGCAAUCACCUUUGCUGGUUAUGGCAAUGCCGAAGUGACUCCAUUGUUGAACCUCAAACCUGUAGAAGAAGGAAGGAAGGCAAAAGAGGACAGUGGCAACAAACCCAUGUCAAAAAAAGAAAUGAUUGCCCAGCAACGUGAAUAUAAAAAGAAAAAAGCUUUGAAGAAAGCACAGAGAAUAAAAGAACUUGAGCAGGAAAGAGAGGACCAGAAGGUGAAAUGGCAGCAGUUCAACAACAGGGCUUAUUCUAAAAACAAAAAAGGCCAGGUAAAGAGGAGUAUUUUUGCUUCGCCAGAAAGUGUAACAGGCAAAGUUGGAGUAGGAACUUGCGGAAUUGCUGACAAGCCUAUGACACAGUAUCAAGAUACAUCUAAAUACAAUGUCAGGCAUUUGAUGCCUCAAUAAUGAGAAAAACUGUUGGAUUUCAUCUCUUCAGGGCUUUACAUUUACCUUUUUAUUCUUAUAUUUUUCUAAAGGUAAAUUAUUUGCUAGAUGAGUAAGGAAGAUACAUUGUUGUCAUUGUUUGGCUUUGGUAGAAUGAAACUUGAAGACAUUUGAUAACUGCUCUCAUUUAACUUUUCAUUACUACUUACCACAGUUCCCUCAGAGUUUGUUGAACAAGGCAACUUUUCUAGGUAGACGCUGCUUAAGUCAGCAGUUCGAUGACAUAGUGUGCUUCAGGCCCUACUUGACUAAUGUUGAGUAGACAUUUUGUAAGUCCUAAUUUGGAGUUUUCGGGUGCUUUGCACUUGAUGUAUCCCAGCAGUUCAUUGGAACAUCAUGGCAAAAUGCCAACCUGCUAAAGAUGUCUUCAGUUUGAUGAUAACCUGGCCAUUGUCCAGACAGGCCCGAGCAUGGGUUAAUUUAUAAAUGACAGGGUUUAGUUUAAGGUUUUUCCUUGAAUUCUUUCCUGGGCCUGUUAGGUCGCUUCCACAAUUGACUCACCUUGUAUGUUUUGGUCAUUGAGUUUGAAUUUUAUAUUAAAAAACAAACCAUGUGUAGGUUGUGCUCCCCUUCUCUCGUGUUUAUUUGGUGUUUUGUAUUGUUUUUUUUCUUUGUUGAUUUUUCACUUGUGGUAGUGCUUCCAUUUUGGGGGAAUGUGUAAUGUUUAUAUGAGAAAACAAAAAGCUGAUGUAUAGCCCUGUAUACAAUGUAGAUACUAUUUUUGUAAAAAAAAAAAACAAAAAAACCAAGGCUAAAUUAAUGAACAAGAGUACUGAAUGUUUCAUGAUUGAAUUUUCCUGUAUUUCUUGUGCAUUAAUCUGACCAUAAUUUCCCUGUAUAUUAUGUUCAUGUAGCUGAGUUUGUACUUUUUAUUAACUAGAUCAAGUUGCCAGCUUUUGUUGGUAUAAGUGAGCACCACAGUUAUCCCAAGUUGAGUUUAAGCCAAAAACACAGAUAGAAAAAGGGUCUUCCUGUUACUGGAAGAAGACAAUUUUUAGGGUGUGUGUUAAUUUCAGUUUUGUAUGUUUAACUUUAAUAAAUAAAGUGUUUUUAAAUCUCCAGUGUGUUAACAAAGGGGCGGAAUCCAUGGCUGCCAGCCUUGGUGUAGUGAGCCUUAGACUUGUACACAGAACUACUACGGAAGAGAACGCUGCGUUUGAGAAGUGUUUCAUAAAUCCCUAAGAAUUCCUUCAUUGGGUAUAAAAAAUUGAAUCCUAAAGGAUUAAUGGGUGUGUAUGAAACUAUUUGUAAAUUAAAUUUCAUGAAUUUUGACUUGGUAAACUAAAAUUUUUCUGACAGUGGUGAGGUAGAAUACUUUUUAUGAUUUUCUUCAUAAAUAACAUGACAGAAGACAUGGGUUAAGACAGAAAAGGGGCUUCUUGGGCUAAGGACAGUGGUAGUAUUUGCCUAGCGUGUUUAAGACCUUCAGUUAGUUCCCCACUACCAGGGCUUGGGGGGUAGCGGAGAACUCCUAAAAGAAAGUUUUAAAUGAUGUAGUGUAGUAACAGUUGCAAGGAAAUGUUUUGAAAACACAGUAAAAUGGUUUGAUAAUUGCCUUGGUAUGCCAGAACAGUAACUUACAACAGUAACUGGACCAUUCUGCCUUAAACAGUGUACCUGUAUAUCUUUUCCUUAAGGGCUUUGUCUCAGAAAAGGAAUAGAAGCAAUUUUACAUUUGUUCUGAAAAUAGGUGUACAAUAUAAAACUAGCAGCUCGUGUCAGAGAUGAAAUGUGGCCCUUUGGGCUAUCGUAGUUUUCCAUUGACGAUGUUGAUUUCUUUGGACUAAACUAAAAGUUACGACCCGGAAAGAUGACCUGGCUGUUACAUGCUAAAGUUGAAAAGAUUAGGACCACUUUCCAAAUAAAGUGGUUAUGCUCUCUAUAUUCUAAAAUAAAGUGGGAACCCUAAGUGUAGCAUGUUUUGUUACAAACUUUUGAGGUUUUUUUGUUUUUGCUUUUUGGAGACAGGAUUUCUCUGUAGCUUUGGAACCUUGGUGCCUGUCCUGGGACUAGCCUGUAGACCAGGCUGGCCUUGAAUUCACAGAGAUCCACCUGCCUUUGCCGCCCAAGUGCUGGGAUUAAAGGCAUGCCGUGCGUCACCACUGCCCCGCAAAAGCUGAAACUGACAAACUGAAAUUCAAAUACUGAUUUGUAGCUCUUUUUUGAGACAGGGUUUCUCAGUGGUUUUGGAGCCUGUCCUGGAACUAGCUCUUGUAGACCAGGCUGGUAUCGAACUCACAGAGAUCCACCUGCCUCUGCCUCCUGAUUUGUAGCUCUUUAAGUAGGUUACAAGUAUCUUCUCAAAGCUUGAUUAACUUGAAGUUGACCUAUAAUAGUCCAAAAAUUAGUAGCCAGGAAUUUAACAAUACCACAAUUAGCAAAUGCUGUUCUAAUUAACAUGUAUGUAGCAAGACCUACGGAGCAUAUUAGAAGAGCAGAGACUCGAACCAGACUGCUGUUGGAACCCUGACUCCACUUACUAGCUCUCUGUAACUUUCUUCAUGAAUCGGGCUAAUACGUAUUCAGAGGGAGGGACACUAUCUGACAUACAUGUGACAUUGUAAGGAUGCCUGCCAUUUACUGUGGAAUGACAGUGACUUCCUUUACUCAAAGAGUUGUAGUGCAACCAUACAUAAUACUGCUAGUGAAAUGUCAUCAAGUAAAUCCUGACUUAAUUUCUACACUAUAACAUACUUAACAGGAAUGUGGUGACGUUUCUAAUAAAAACUCAAGCAGUCUUGCCUGGGUAUUAUUCCAGACUUGCCCAGGCCAAAAUAAGUCUGCUACAAACACUGUAGGUAAUUCUGCUGUGCACUCUUAGCUGAGAACUAGGCUGUAGGUUAAAUAUAGAACAGCUUUGGUUUCAGAAGAAAAAUUGAAAGCAUAUUUAGUGGCAUCUUUAUUAGUCUAAUUAUGAAGACUAGCUAUCAAACCAAAAGGCGUCAAAUUAUUCUAACUCAAAUUUUAAAAGUACUUGUUUUGUUGGUGUGUGUCCAUCCAAUAUAGUUUUAAUGUUGUGUACUGGGUUUAUUCCCUUGAAAAUACCAACGGCUACCUCUUAAAAUAACAGGACAGAUGACUUUCUUACGACUUGGGUUAGGAGUUUCUAAUUUACAACUAGACAUUUCAGAGGUGAAUAAUAUGUUGUACAUCAGCCAAAAAUGUACUCAGAGUUUGAUUUGGCUUUUU